GAGACUGUAGCCGUAGUCUGCUCCGGAGCUGCUGGAUGCUCCGUGAUGGAUGGGGAGUGACAGAUCGGGGUUAGCCGCCAGGGGAGUCCAUUUUCUUCCAGCACACAGGAGAAAGCUGAGGAGGUGGUAAGACAGUGGACGCAGGAGGAGGAAGGGGACGAGAAACAGAGCGAUUUCCACUCCUCCUCUCUCUCUCUAUCUCCCUCUCUCUCUACUCCUAGUGGGCUCUACCCGGACUGCACCGCAUUGACGCUGCUGCUGCUACUGCUGCUGCCAGCCCCGACCCAACCCACUAAACUAACGCACUGACAUACACAGAGAGAAUCGCUCUUUUUUUUUUUUUUUUUUUUUGAUGCUGUUGCGCACAGCUGGAACUUGGAUGCUGUGCGGAUUGUGUUCAUGGAUAUGCAGCAUUUCCCUCUCUCCUUCUCUUUGCUUCUUUCUCUCUGGAUCCGGACUCUGAUUCGCUGUCCUGCUCGGUAAUGCCAAGACUUUGGAAACGGGAGUGACUCGCACAGGAGGAGGUGGUGGAGGAGGAGGAGGUGGAGGAGGAGGCGGUGAUUUGGAGAUUGCUGCAUAGUGCACGACAAGAAAUUUGGGAUAUAACUUACAAGUUUGCAGAGCUUUGCAUCAUGAAUGUAUGGCUGUCUACUUAAGACCGUGAGCCCCCCCCCCCUAACCUCCCUGUGCUGUCUCCAACAUGGGUGUUGACUGAACACUGGAGGAGUGUCCCCGCGCUGCCACAGAGGUAAGAGGAUGCACUUGUGAGGAUUAAAAACUGCGCCCAAUAAUUCCUGGACCAUGCAGAUUCUGCCGCCUAGGGCGUUAUUCGUGUUGUUAGCCAAUGCGCAUGUGUUAGUAUCUGUAAGAAAUGAUGGAGAUGUACGAACUCAUGAGGACAGUGCCCGGACUUUCCAUGGGUCACUCCGGGAGAGUCAUCAAAACAAAGCCCGGGACCGUGCGCUCUCGCCGGGGUACGCCACAGGUGCGUCUUCGGCGGAGCUUCAGGCGCAGCGGGCAAUUAUCAGAGGGACCCUUAACUCCACUCACCCAUGGAAAAGGGUAAUUGCAGAAGAAACGUGGCGAAUCGGUCACAACAAACGAGACUUCAGUAGGACUGUGACACCCAUGGUGGAUCCCAACGCUGUCUCACAUUGGGGCCCGACGCGCCACCACAAUAAGAGGAUAAAGUUGAAUGGCGGUUUUAGUAGUACGGGGACGCCAGCAGGUGGACACUACAAUGCGGCUAAGCCCUCUUCAAUGGGACGGGGAGACGGAGGAGGGGGACCCGAGGAGGGCGACAGGCACAAGAGAGGCACAAAAGACGAGCAGAAGAAAGCGUCGAAGAGGGGGAGAAACCGGCUGAACAAAAGCUCUGUGGUUUUGGCUCAGACUCACGCGUCGCCGUGGGAACCCAUCCCCAAGCCGGUGGCCCUCACCUCCACCGACCUACCCUUUGACCUCUUCACCAGGAGGACCGAGUUCUUCACUUUCAGAGAGGAGAACCCCUGGGACGCCACUCCGAUCACACCUCCCAGCUCGCAUGAUUUCGGGGACGAGAUCAAGAACCCCUUUUAUCCGGUGACAAGCGAGACCUAUGGCGCCUACGCGAUCACCUGCGUCUCCGGGGUUAUUUUCCUGGUGGGGAUAGCGGGAAACAUUGCCAUCCUGUGCAUCGUGUGCCAGAACUACUACAUGAAGAGCAUCUCCAACUCACUGCUGGCCAAUUUGGCUGUCUGGGAUUUUGUGCUCAUCUUCUUCUGCCUGCCCAUGGUGGUGUUUCAUGAACUGACAAAGUCCUGGCUGCUGGGCGAAUUCACCUGCAAAGUGGUGCCCUAUGUGGAGGUGGCCUCCCUUGGUGUGACCACCUUCACCCUGUGCGCUCUCUGCAUCGACCGCUUCCGUGCGGCCACCAAUGUCCAGAUGUACUACGAGAUGAUCGAGAACUGCACCUCCACUACAGCUAAACUAGCCGUCAUCUGGAUCGGUGCUCUCCUAUUGGCCCUCCCAGAGCUCCUCAUCAGACAGCUGGUGGCGGAGGACACAGGGAUCCCAGAUGAACCUCCUGUCGAGCGCUGCAUCAUCAGGAUAUCCACCUCGCUCCCUGACAUGCUCUACGUGCUGGGCUUGACCUACGAGGGCGCUCGGUUGUGGUGGUGCUUCGGCUGCUAUUUUUGCCUCCCCACCCUCUUCACCAUUGGGUGCUCUUUGGUGACGGCACGUAAGAUCCGGCGUGCGGAGCAAUCCAGCGUGCGCAGCAACAAGAAGCAGAUCCGGCUGGAGAGCCAGAUGAAUUGCACCGUCGUGGCUCUGGCAAUCGUCUACGGUGCAUGCGUGGUGCCUGAGAACAUCUGCAACAUCGUAUCUGCCUACAUGGCGGCUGGCGUCCCUGAGCACACCAUGUCUGUUCUCCAUCUUCUCUCCCAGCUUCUGCUCUUCUGUAGGGCCGCCGUGACGCCGGCGCUGCUGCUUCUCCUGUGUCGCCCGCUGGGCAGGGCCUUCCUGGACUGCUGCUGUUGCUGCUGCUGCUGUAACCAUGCUCCCUCCUCGGCCACUGCCAGUGACGAUAACGAACACGAGUGUACCACCGAGCUGGAGCUGUCGCCGUUCAGCACCAUCCGCAGGGAGCUGAGUAACUACACACCUGCCGGCUCCAACUGCUAAAAUGACAUUCCUCAUCAGGGAUGAUGCUUUCACUAGCCUGCUAUUUGCCUUUGGCUGGUGUUUCUCAGACUCGGCUAGGAGAGAUUUGCCUUACCUAGUCUAGUUACAUUUUUAAAUGGGUGCAUGAAUAAAAUGGGACGCUGAAUAAUCACAUUCAGCCGGUGUCCUACAUCCUCAACUUUCAUUUCUUACAAUAAUAAUGUGCAUUUACAUUAACUCUAUAACCCUCAUUUUCCAGGAAAACUAACAGAAAGCAAGUUCCUCUUUUCACUCAUGCCCUGGGGUGCUCUGAAAACAGGGUCAGUACAUAUUUUUAGCAAUCCUGCCUGAAACCUUUACAACUUACAAACCUCCCUGCUGUAGACCUUGUAUGCCUAAAUAUCUUUGGACAGUUGGCCUCUUAACCUGUCGGAGGUCUGGUUCCUCACACGAGGGCUGAAUCAGGUUAAUUUCUUUUAAUUACCUUGUCCUGAAGCAGAAAAACUGAGCAGAAACAAAAAAACAAACUGUUGUUUCCCACAGGCCUUGUGCUAUAAGCGACAGGGAAAGGUAGUAAUAUUUAUACUGUACAAUGUACAUAGGGAAAUGAUUGUACAGAAUAUGUCACAAAAGACAGUUUGUGGUAAUAAAUGGCCACCAUAAAUAAUAUUUAUGUAUGAGGAAGUCUGUACUGUAUAUCUUAAGGGAUAUAAUGCCAAUCACUUUCCAACUGUGUUGCUGUUAAAAUUAUGAGGACUCCUUAAUCAUAGAGUGCAACCUUGUAUAAUAACUCAGCAUCCAGCUAAACGUAUAGGCUGACACUGCCUAUUUAAAUACAGGACUCAGUUUACGGAUCAGCUGUAAAUGUACAGUUCAUAUAAUGCUGCAGACAUGGGAACAAGGCUUAUGUUAAUUAAACUAGCGCAGGGCGUCUCUGCAGUGAUAGCAAAACACAGAGAGGAGAAUCCAAAUGUACACACCAUUUACACUGUAUAUUGAAAAUGAUCCAGUUGACUCAUACAUUACUGGGCUGGUCUCAGAGAUACACAAACAUGGACGUGAGUGGAAUUUAAAAAAGGUUUGCGAUGGACUAAUUGAAAUCUAAUAAACGUUGAACGGAGCGGGAUCGAAUUAAACAACUGCAGAUUCAGUUGAAUGGAGUGAAUACGAAUAGAGCGGAAAGUAAUGGAACAUAACACCGUGGAAUAUCAUGUAAAGGGAUGAACUCAGCGUGGACUGGACUGAAAAUAAAUAUCUGCACUACACUGUUGUAUCAUGUUACGCCUUACACUUUGGGCUGUAUAUAUUCUGUACACUUUCUUUGGUGCUCUUAUGAUGGAUGCGCUGUAAACAACAAAUCAAUCGGUUCGACUUGGAAUCGCAAGUAAUUGAUCUGCUCUCUAUGUUUUUUGGUCAAGAAGACAGAUUACAGUUAUAUGUGACUAUGGAAUAUAAUACAAGACACAAUACAAUAAAAUAUAUAAUACAACGGUGAGGUAAAAGGAGACGAAAAUCAAUGCAGAGUUUCACUGAGCUGCUGUAGACACAAUUUAUCUCAUCUUUGAGUAUAAAUACUGCCUUUGUUGAGAGUGACACCUAAACUACAAGUAUGGUGGCACUUUGUUUUACAGUACAGUUAUUACUCAGUGCCAAUACUGCAUAAUUACAUUGUAAAUGUAUUGCUGUACUGUAAUCAUAAGGGAAAUUGUAUAUUUGUACCAUCAUUGCAAAGUUUAUACUAAGUAUAAAGUAGCUGUAUCAGUUUUCAAGUAAGUGUGUAAAUGAAACCACUCCAGUGAAAAGUGAUCGUCCAAUCAUAGCUCACCAACCAAAACUGGGAAGGUCUGUCAAGAUUUGGAUUUCUCAUUCCAAAGUGGUGUCAUAACAGAUGGGCUCCAGCAAGAGUGACACUAAAAAGAAACCGAGGAGACAACGUCAAAAGUGCUUCGCAGGGCAAAGUUAGCAGCUCUGCUCUUUGGAUAUUAGAUUUUGAGGAUUUACACUCCAGCAACCCCAGUUAUUGUUACCUGAGAUGCAAAAAAAUGUCUUAUGUUCAAUGUGAAAACAGAUGUUUUAAAAGUAUAAACAAAUAUGUAACACCUAAACAUAAUUAUGUUAGUCUACAAGAAAAUAAUGGUUCCAUUUUAACCCAACACAGUACAAGAACAUUCUUUAUAUACAUGUCCCCUAAAUGGAUCUUCAGUUGGUGAGAAUGCCUGUCCUUCAGCACAUUAAAACUAUGUAGCCAACAAAUGCAUACAUAAGACCCCUUUUACGGGAUUCUUGUUUUAACAGAGAGAAAGAUUGAAAGUCAGUCUUCCCAGCUGACUAAAACCAUUGGAAAUUAAUGAAUUACUGAAUUACUGAUUACUGGUAAAUUCAAAGUCGAUAUCUUGGUAUACCCAGAAUAGAAAGCAACAGUAACUAAGUUAUCAGUGGCUUCUUGACCAUUAACACCGUUUGCAGUUUAAUUACUUUAUUUUUUAAGAAGAACCAAUGAAAUGUUUUUCAGUGUAUAAAUUUACACGUGUACUUGUACUGUAAAUCUGUUUUCCUUAAUUCUACCAAUCAGACCUGGGUCAAAACAAGGUUUAAACCACGAUUACAACUUGUUGCAAAGCAGGUAAUUGAAGUACUAAAAACUGAACAGCCCAAACAUUUGGUACAUACACUAAUGUGACAAAGAUUUGUAGAGGGCUUCUGCGAAUGACCAAAUCGACUCUUAAAAGCCUUUAUAUUGUUUGCUAAACUCAAUUUCUUCAAAUAUUUCUAAGACGAUUGGUGGUAAACUGUGGAUGUGAUGACCCAGGUGUGAUGUUCAUUGGUAUACUGUAUAUUGCGAUGAAUCUUUUGCAUACGAUUCUGCACUGCCAAACACCUUCUCUCUUGUCUGUCUCUUGUGCUCUUGUGGUAGUAGCACACUAUCUCUGGGUGUCUCUCUUAGCGUGGAGGUCAGUUUGUCCUCAGCUCCAUCAAACAGGAAGAAGAAUAUUAUUGCAAAACAUAAAUCACAAAACAAAAAAAAGGUUUGACAGCAUCCAAGGCCAGUCAUACACAGAAAAUACUCAUUCACUAUAGUAAAAAAACUGUGGAUAAAGAGUAUUUCUUUUCCUGCCACGGAUCCCUUUGGCUGUAAUGAACUCCAGUUUAUGAGCUCCAAGAAAUCCAGGUGGAUGUAGCCUCUGGUUGGCACUGCCUGCAAACUAAUAGAGAAAAUGGGCAGGAGCGCAGCAGCACUGCAGCACAAUGCCCUGCAGCCUGUUUGACAACUCUUUUUAUUACCACCACUAUCAGGGUAUUGUGGGCUGAUGUGUAAACCUGUCCAGGGAGUUUAUAUGCCCUUGCACCAGCCCAUUUUCUACCAUUAAAUCACUUCAAGAACUUGGGAUGAACCCAGCUCAGUGAGUUCGGAUUCCCUGCCUGUUUUUUUGAUGGGACGUAUAAGCGUAAACUGACCUCCUGAAUCUGAAUUCUCUUUUUUCUGCAUAUUUCCAGGAGUAUAGCUCAUUCUAAAUGGCUCAGUGUGUAGUAACGUGGUUCAAACUAUUGAUGAAGUGAUUCUUGUAAAAUCAGUCAGUGAGACGUUUAUUCUGAGUUUCGUGAGUAUCCUCUUCACUCUGAGCAAGUUGUGUCUGUAUUUGAUACCUGAAAAUGUAAGCACACGACCACUGUUGUCUCUAAGUCUAGUCACUGGUUUCUAAAUAGCUUUUUAUAUAGCCAAAAAACUGUCCCUUUGUUUAUCAAAGAACUUUAUCUUGAAAACUGUAUAUUAAAAUCCUAAAUGUAUUA